AUGGCCAAAAUGAAAUGGGUGUUUGGACCAGACAGGGAACCCGCUUCAAUAAAAUUCUUCAAAAACGGCACGCAUGGGUACGACUUUAUUAUACCAACCAUACACAUGAUCAUGUUUGCAAGAGGACCAAGUUUCAAAGAAAACUAUGUGCUACCGUCUUUUAAAAAUGUGGAGUACAUGAACUUGUGGACAAAACUAUUAGGCAUUCCAAUGGUGAAGACAGACGGCGACCCAUGGUUCAUGGAUCUAGCUCUCAAGAAUCAUACUACGCCGCAACCGGUUUACAGUGAUAUGAGGCUUUUCUUUACAGAAAGUGCCACGUUUGGAGUCCCACAAAGGCUUCAGCUAUGCACUGGAUGCUCGGCCGAAGAGAAGUUCGAGAAAAUUGGUUGGGAAAUGCAUCGUGUAACCGGCGAGAACAUCGAUGCGGCUGGACAUCAACUAAUAUGGGGAAAAAUUGGCCGAGCCGGAAUAACACUCACCAUUCGGCAACAAGCUGUCCCAUUUUCUCGAGCUGUCACUUGGCUCUGA